GUUAAAGGACACUCUGGUCUUGGCCAACUUGAUGAUGAUCAUUAAAAGGUCAACCUCCUUCCCCUCAAAAACAUGCUUCCAAGUCCCAUAGACCAAGAGAUCUCCCCAAAUCUCUCUCAGUCCUAGUUCUCCUCCUCUCUUAAAAUAAGAGCAAAAUAGAAGCAUCCAAGCUCUUGCACUUGUUUGUCAUGUAGCUCCAUUUUUUAAAUCAUUCUCUGCAUAUAUAGCAUCCUCCACCCAGCUUCUCAUUUCCUCACUUACAAUUUUUGUAUAUGAUCAAAUACCUGGAGAUCUCAACCCAGAAAACAAGAAGCUUCCUCUCCUUUUCUUCCACUUCUUAUAUAUAAACCCUAGCUCUUCUCACUCUCACUCUCCCACUUCACUCUUUUCAUAACCCAAUUCUUCAAUUUCUUCAUUUCUGUGAUCCUUAGCAUCAUUUGGGAAUUGGGAUCAUCCAACUUGAAGGCUUCAAUCAUUUUGUUUUGGGCUUCAAGAACUUUGAAUUGUCAAAUCACAUAGAAUUGCUUGUUGGGUUACAAAAUUUUCAUAUACUUUCCUUCUUCUUCAAAAAUGUGUUCUUCUAGUUCUUCAUGCUCAUACAAGAAUGUGGAUCAGAAAAAGCCUUUUCCAAUAGAGCGCAGGCCAACAAUGCUCAAGGAUUUCCUCAAUGAAAAUUCCAAUUCAUGUUCUUCAAGUGUGUUCAAAUCAUUUCCAAGAAAACCACAACUUGAUUGCAAAGCAAGAAACCCAAAUCCCAAACCCAAUACCACCAUUACUAGCAAGUUACAUAGAAGCAGAUCAAAAGCAGCAUCUACCACAAUCUCAGCAUUCCAGUCCUUCAUGAAUGUGGUAAAAAACAUCCAAUUUACUGCAGUAAAAACUCCCUCCCUUUUACCACGGAGCCUCUCACGGCGGCUGUCCAAAAAGAGCUCAUGGUCAAGGAAGCAGAGUCUUCAAACUCAAGUCCAAGUCAGUGUGAAAGUCAAAGAUAUCCUACGGUGGACAUCAUUCCGCGAUGAGAGGUUACCUCAAUCUCUGCCGUGGGAUUUCGCUUCUUCACCUCACCAUUGUACCACAGCCACCACCGUAACAGAGUCCACAACUACUACUACUUGUAGUAAUAGCAGCAAUGGGUCAAGUUGGUGUGACAGUGAUUUUACCGCGGAGUUUUUACCGUCCCCGUUUGGUGGUAAAAAUGAGAUGGGUAAAAAGUAUUCACCAUGUGUCGGCAGGAAUUCCACGGAGGCUACGGCAGGGACAGCAAGAUGCGGUGAAUUGGACCCCAAGGUUGAGGUGCUAUUUUGUGAUGAAGAUGAACAACACAGCCCAGUUUCUGUGCUCGAUUUUCAAUUUGGGGAAGACGAUGAAGAGGCAUUUUCGACCACUUUUGACCAAAGCCUUGCCAAUGUGGAGAGAACGAAAGAAAUGCUUAUGCAAAGGAUCAAGCACUUUGAGAGUCUUGCCAACCUAGACGCUGAUUUCGACUCAUGGUUGUCACCGGAAGAAGGUAUCAACUUCGAAGAAGAAGAAGAGCAUGGAAUUGAAGAGAGGGCAUUGGAACUGUUGAAUUUUGUCAGAGCAACUAGCUUAAAACCAGAGAGCUGUGAGUACGAAAUGGAAGAUAAACUAUUGUUGGAUUUCUUCAGGGAAGAAUUGGGUGCACAAAGAAAUUAUCAAACAGAUGAUGGGUUUAAUUGGGAGAUCGUUAGCAAAGCAAAAGCUUGGAUUAGUGAGGAAAAAACUGGACCCUUUGAGUGGGGACUUGAGCACAAGAAAGAAGCCUUUGUUAGAGAUAUGCAUAAAGGAGGGAAGUGGCUUAACAAGUUUGAGGAUGAGAAAGAGGAGUUGGCUUUACAAAUCGAGACUGCCGUGCUUGAGUUCUUGGUGGAUGAGCUUUCGGUUGAUCUCUUAUUGAGAUAAGUGACGUGGUUUGUAGCUGUAGUGAUUAAGGAUAUUUACCUAUGUGCUAGAGGUCUGGAGCUUCAGUUACAUCCCAAGAACUAAAUGGGUGAUGGCUCUCAGCCUUCAUACUCAAUUAUGGUUCCCAUUGCCAUUGGUACUAUUUUGGGUUUAUUGACUCUGAGAUCUGAAUGUUACUGUGGAGAACAGAAGAAGUAGGAAUAGAAAAUGUGCAAAAAUAAAACAAGGAAUUAUCCAUGUUGGUUGUAGCUUGAGGCAGUAUGUACUAGUGGCACUUUAGCCAAAAAUGAAUGGGGUAUGAGCUAGUGGAUAUGUACUUUUGGGUUUAAGGGAGCAUCUCUUUGUAUAUCUAGAGAAUGUCCUGUUUUGGCAUGUAAAGAUAGGAUGAAUAAGAAUUUGAGAGGCAUAACUUAUGCCCAUUUUUGUAA